GGGGGAAAUACCGCGGCCCCGCGCUUCCCCACGCCUGGCAGCCACGACGCGGGUGGCUCCUCCUUCGGGCCGGUCCCGAGCCCGGCGGCGGGCGGGAGGGAGGCGGGGAGCGAGGGCGGAGGCUUCGGGAGGAGGAGGGACCAGGCGCGCCUGUGACAGGGUGGCAGCCGAGAAGCGGACGCGUUGCCGCCGCCGCUCCUCCUCCUGCAGCUCCUCUCGCGGCCGCCGCCGCUGCCGCCGCCGCCGCCUCCGCCUCCGCCGCUGCCGAAGUUUCACUCCCGACCCUCGGCGGGAGCCCCAGCGCGGAGCAGAGCCGCCACCUCGCCGGGAGCUGCAACGCAGCUCGGCGAGCGGAGAGCCAGCCCGCGUCGGCGCGCAGGCGGCGUUCCACGGCCCCCGGGCUAGGGGCGCGGAGACCCAGCCGGGGCGGCAGCCAGCCUAGGGGACCCGCGACAGCGCCCACACCGCCCACUCUGCCUCCGUGCUCCGAGCUGCUACGAUGGCCGUGCGCUCCCGCCGCCCGUGGGUGAGCGUGGCGCUGGGGUUGGUCCUGGGUUUCACCGCCGCGUCCUGGCUCAUCGCCCCCCGGGUGGCCGAGCUGAGCGAGAAGAGGCGACGCGGCUCCAGUCUCUGCUCCUACUACGGCCGCUCGGCUACCGGGCCCCGCGCGGACGCGCAGCGGCUGCACCCCCAGCCCCAGUCCCGGCCGCAGCUAGAGCAGUCGCCGCCCCCUGCCAGCCACGAGCUCCCCGGUCCUCAGCGGCCGGAGGCGGCGCCCGGAGGUCCCAGUUUUCGGAGCAGCCCCUGGCAGCAGCCGGCUCCGUUGCCGCAGAGGAGGCGAGAACAUAAGCCCGAAGGUGCGACGGCGCUUCCCGGCGCUCCGGCUGCCAAAGGGGAACCGGAGGAGGAGGAUGGGGGCGCGGCUGGCCCUCGGAAGGGUGGCCGGCCUGGGAGUAGCCACAAUGGCAGCGGGGACGGGGGUGCCUCUGCCCCGACCUCCGGACCCGGGGACUUCCUGUACGUGGGUGUGAUGACCGCACAGAAGUACCUGGGCAGUCGCGCGCUGGCCGCGCAGCGGACCUGGGCGCGCUUCAUCCCUGGCCGCGUGGAGUUCUUUUCCAGUCAGCAGCCUCCUGGUGCUGCGCUCGGCCAGCCCCCGCCACCUUUGCCUGUCAUCGCGCUGCCUGGGGUCGAUGAUUCCUACCCUCCACAGAAAAAGUCCUUCAUGAUGAUCAAGUACAUGCACGACCACUAUCUGGACAAGUAUGAGUGGUUCAUGCGCGCCGACGACGAUGUCUACAUCAAAGGUGAUAAGUUAGAAGAAUUUCUAAGAUCCCUAAAUAGCAGCAAGCCUCUCUACCUGGGACAGACUGGCCUGGGCAAUACUGAAGAACUUGGAAAGCUGGGGCUGGAGCCCGGGGAGAACUUCUGCAUGGGAGGACCCGGCAUGAUCUUCAGCAGAGAGGUUCUUAGGAGGAUGGUGCCUCACAUUGGCGAAUGCCUCCGAGAAAUGUACACCACUCAUGAGGACGUAGAAGUCGGAAGGUGUGUUCGCCGCUUUGGCGGGACGCAGUGUGUCUGGUCUUAUGAGAUGCAGCAGCUGUUCCAUGAAAACUACGAACACAAUCGCAAGGGUUACAUCCAAGACCUUCACAACAGCAAAAUCCACGCAGCCAUCACACUCCAUCCGAACAAAAGGCCUGCGUACCAGUAUAGACUUCAUAACUACAUGCUCAGCCGCAAGAUCUCUGAGCUCCGCUACCGCACCAUCCAGCUCCACCGGGAGAGCGCUCUCAUGAGUAAGCUCAGCAACAGUGAAGUGAGCAAAGAGGACCAACAGCUGGGAAUGAUGCCUUCUUUCAACCACUUCCAGCCUCGGGAGAGAAAGGAAGUCAUGGAGUGGGAGUUCCUGACAGGCAAGCUGCUUUACUCAGCUGCAGAGAACCAGCCUCCUCGGCAGAGCAUCAACAGCAUCCUAAGGUCAGCUCUGGAUGACACUGUCCUGCAGGUGAUGGAGAUGAUCAACGAGAAUGCCAAGAGUAGGGGCCGGCUCAUCGACUUCAAGGAAAUUCAGUAUGGCUACCGCAGGGUUGAUCCCAUGCAUGGGGUGGAGUACAUACUGGAUCUGCUACUCCUGUACAAAAGGCACAAAGGUAGGAAACUGACUGUGCCUGUGAGGCGUCAUGCCUAUCUUCAGCAGCCGUUUAGCAAGCCUUUCUUCAGAGAAGUGGAAGAACUCGACGUCAACCGUCUGGUGGAGAACAUCAACAGUGGCACUCAGUCGUUCUCCUUUAUAUCCAAUUCUCUAAAAAUACUCUCUUCUCUUCAAGAGGCCAAAGAAAUAGCAGGGCACAAUGAAAAGAAAGUACACAUUCUUGUUCCACUUGUUGGAAGGUACGAUAUUUUCUUGAGAUUCAUGGAAAAUUUUGAAAGUACGUGUCUUAUCCCUAAGCAAAAUGUAAAGCUCGUCAUCGUCCUUUUCAGCAGGGAUUCUGGCCAAGAGUCCAUCAAGCACAUCGAGCUGAUACAAGAAUAUCAGAGCAGGUACCCCAGUGCAGAGAUGAUGCUCAUUCCCAUGAAGGGGGACUUUUCCAGAGGUCUUGGUCUUGAAAUGGCUUCUUCCCAUUUUGACAAUGACACAUUGCUGCUUUUUUGUGAUGUUGACUUGAUUUUCAGAGGAGACUUCCUCCAACGCUGUAGAGACAAUACAGUUCAGGGACAACAGGUUUAUUACCCCAUCAUCUUUAGCCAGUAUGACCCAAAGGUCACCCAUAUGGGAAAUCCUCCCACAGGGGGUGACUUUGUAUUCUCAAAGGAAACUGGAUUUUGGAGAGACUACGGCUAUGGAAUCACAUGCAUUUACAAAAGCGAUCUACUGGGAGCAGGUGGAUUUGAUACCUCAAUACAAGGCUGGGGACUGGAAGAUGUAGAUCUCUAUAAUAAAGUCAUCCUUUCUGGCUUACGGCCCUUCAGAAGUCAAGAAGUGGGAGUGGUGCAUAUUUUCCAUCCUGUUCAUUGUGAUCCUAACUUGGACCCUAAGCAGUAUAAGAUGUGCUUAGGAUCCAAAGCAAGUACUUUUGCCUCAACCAUGCAACUGGCUGAACUCUGGUUAGAAAAACAUUUGGGUGUCAGGGAUAAUCGAACUCUCUCCUGACAGUCCAGGCAAUACAUAACUGCCUUUGGAAAGGGGAGUUUACCUCAGUGUUGGCUGUUGUUAUUUUUAUUUUAUUAUUGUUAUUUUAUUAUUAUUGUUGUUGUUGUUGUUGUUGAUGAUGAUGUUGUUGUUGUUGUUGUUCUAAUUUUAUUUUGUUGUCCUGGUCUUAAAGUAUUCUUGGUUGUCUUCCAAAGGGUGUUUGUUGACCUCAAGCAAGAAGAGUCUGCAGUUCACUGAUACUUCACAGUCAGAGUUCUACUGAAGUCAAUACAUGUAUUACUUUUAUAUAACUUUAUUUGAGAUUGAGUUAAAUCAUGGCAAUCAAAUGACUUUGGAAGCUCAUUCCUCACAAGAGACAGCUUGGAAGAAUGUUCUCUUAGGGCUUAAAGAUGCAAUAUUGACUUUUCUUUUGUUUGUCAACUUCAAUGUGAUACAAAUAUUUACCAGUGAAAGGUACCACAAAAGUGCUUUAUGCUUCCCAUGGGGAAGGGACUCUGUGACAGAAACUUGAGUUUUGUAAUUUAUAUGAGGACUUAAAUAUAUAGACAAUAAUUUUCUUCAUCGUUAGAAUUUUUAAAGUAAAUGAACACCUAUGAUUGUAUGUUUAUUUUUUAAGAAAAAAAUUUUAAAAACUGAGGAGUCCUGUUCCACAAGCAACCGGUACUGGCUACCCUGGUCUUACAAUUACAAACUCCUCACAAUUGUCUGCUAUAAAUGCGAAGGAACUUUAUUUUCUCAAGGAAAUAUGAUUUAAUGAAAUAUUCAUGUACAUUUUAGAAGCUUUAUGAAACAAUGUCCUUCAUUUGCUGGCAAGAAGAUAAAAUAUGACAGAACCUGUUUAUUUAUAAUAAAACACAGGUAUAACCGUAUUCUUUUUCAAAAACAUUGAUAAAGCUCUGUUGUUUACUUUCUGUCUCAUUUGAUGUAAUUUUUGGGUGAUGUUCACCAAAACACAUUGGCUUCACUAAAAAAAUACCACAGGA